GCCGCCCAGUGGGGACCCGUAGGGAGAGGCGGGGAGGGGGCGGGUGGCGGAGGUGGCGGGGCUGCGGGGCCGAUCGGGACGGGGGUGGCCCUGCAGCAGCUCGUUCAGGCCGUGGGUCGUCGCUGCAGCCGUCUAGAAAGCGGAAAACGACGACUCUGCGGGCGAACUCGGCAGAGCUGGGAGGCGGGGAAGGAGUGUGUGAGAAGUGCCAUUCUGAAGAUACCCGGCGUCUCCUUUCUCGAAUUUCUCUCGGCCCUUGUCAGUUUAUUCGUUGCCUGAACCUUCUGGAACAAUGUUCCAGAACCAAGGCUCUACUGUACUAGAUCAUAGGAUUUAAGGAUUAUGUGAUACAGCCACCUUAUUAGAUAAGGUGGCUGUAUCACAUAAUCCUUAAAGCCCAAAGAGAUGAAGUAAUUUAUUCAAGAUGCAUGGUCAUGGAGGCUAUGACUCUGAUUUUAGUGAUGAUGAACACUGUGGAGAAUCUAGCAAAAGGAAAAAAAGGACCACAGAAGAUGAUUUACUGCUCCAAAAGCCAUUUCAGAAAGAAAAACAUGGAAAGGUGGUCCAUAAACAGGUUGCAGAAGAAUUGCUGGAUAGGGAAGAAGCAAGAAAUAGAAGGUUUCAUCUCAUAGCUAUGGAUGCUUACCAAAGGCAUGCAAAGUUUGUAAAUGACUAUAUUUUAUAUUAUGGUGGCAAAAAAGAAGAUUUCAGGCGAUUGGGGGAAAAUGACAAGACAGACAUGGAUGUUAUACGAGAAAAUCAUAGAUUCCUAUGGAAUGAGGAGGACGAAGUGGACAUGAAUUGGGAGAAAAAACUUGCAAAGAAAUACUAUGAUAAAUUAUUCAAGGAAUACUGCAUAGCAGAUCUCAGUAGAUACAAAGAAAAUAAGUUUGGAUUUAGGUGGAGAGUAGAAAAAGAAGUAAUUUCAGGAAAAGGCCAGUUUUUCUGUGGAAAUAAACAUUGUGAUAAAAAAGACAACUUAAAGAGUUGGGAAGUUAAUUUUGGUUAUAUUGAGCAUGGUGAAAAGAGAAAUGCACUUGUUAAAUUAAGAUUAUGCCAAGAAUGUUCCCUUAAAUUAAAUUUUCAUCACAGGAGAAAAGAAGUUAAGUCCAAAAAAAGGAAGGACAGAAUCAAAAAAGAUUCUGAAGAGUCACCACAUAAAAAAUCCAGGUUAUCUCCUGCAGAAGGGACCUCUAAGAAAAAGAACAAAGGACAUUCAUCCUCAAAGAAAUCAGAAGAUUCUGUAAACCGAAGCUCUGACGAGGAAGAAAGUACCUCAGAAUCUGAACUUUGGAAGGGCCCACUACCAGAGACUGAUGAAAAAUCACAGGAAGAAGAAUUUGAUGAGUAUUUUCAAGAUUUAUUUCUGUGAGAUGGAAGAAAGAAGCUUACUUUCCUUAUUGUAAAAAUAUACUUUGAGGCUUUCUGAAAUGUUUUAUCUACAAGUCGCAGUUUGAGUGAUUUGUCUUUGGAAAUAAAAAUUCAUCCUCUCUCAAGAUGUCA